ACUAUUCGUUUUAUUCGUUGAAUUUUCACGCGCUUUCAAAAGUUGUUGAUUGUUCAAGAUAUCUUGCAAUAAACAAAAAAAAUCAUGAGUGCCCAAAACGAAAUGAAACACAUUUUCAAAUCACUUAUAGUCGAUUUGAAGGAAAAUUUUAGCGAAGAAUUUGAUCAGAUGAAACUGUAUGAAAAUGUCGGUGUACUUGAAAAAAACGCUGGUAAAAUGUUGAAAAAAUACAAUGGUUACAUGACCAAGGUAGAGAAACAACUAGAUUCACGUUUAGAAGUGAUCAAAACUCAAGACAAAUUUGAAAAAAAUUUGGACCACAACAUGGACGAUGAAUCUAUCCAGAAAAUAGUGAAAAUCAUAACUGAUAUGAAUGAAAUUAAAGAGAUGAACAAAGCGAUACUUGAAACAAAAAUAGAAGAUGAAUUAAAGGAAAAAGAAAUCGAUGACCUAAAGCAGACAUUGGAAUUAUUAAAAAAUGAGCCAUUAAAAUCCAUUGAUCAAUUGCUCCAACAACAGGAAAAACAACCACCACAAGAAUGACUUUGAUUGAUUUCUUUCAUUAACAUAUUGUAUAUUCAUAAUAAAUGAUAAAAAAAAUUCAAAACUUUUUUGCUUUCGAACAAGCUUUAAAUUUAUUAAUUAAAUUAAAUGAGUUGUUUGCCAUA